CCCCCUGCCUUCCUCUCCUUUCUCCCGAUCAAUGCAUAUUUGCCAAAGGAUUAAGCCACAGAUUUAAGCGCCGGGAGCCCAUUUCUGCCUUGCCAAGGACACCGGACUGAAAAACCAAAAGCCAGCUCUGAUUUCUUUUCGCCAAGUGGGAAGGAUUCGAAGACAGCUCGAAGGAUAAAAAGCCUUGGUGCUUCCCAGCAGCCGAGCCGAGGAGCAGAAGAGGAAGAGCCGGGGGCUGCCGUUGCCUUUGGAGAUGGACGAGCAGCCCAGGCUGAUGCAUUCCCACGCUGGGGUCGGGAUGGCCGGACACCCCGGCCUGUCCCAGCACUUGCAGGAUGGGGCCGGAGGGACCGAGGGGGAGGGCGGGAGGAAGCAGGACAUUGGAGACAUUUUACAGCAAAUUAUGACCAUCACAGACCAGAGUUUGGAUGAGGCGCAGGCCAGAAAACAUGCUUUAAACUGCCACAGAAUGAAGCCUGCCUUGUUUAAUGUGUUGUGUGAAAUCAAAGAAAAAACAGUUUUGAGUAUCCGGGGAGCCCAGGAAGAGGAGCCGACAGAUCCCCAGCUGAUGCGCCUGGACAACAUGCUGUUAGCAGAAGGGGUCGCGGGUCCCGAGAAGGGUGGAGGGUCAGCGGCGGCAGCAGCGGCGGCGGCAGCCUCUGGAGGGGCCGGUUCAGACAACUCCGUGGAGCAUUCUGACUACAGAGCCAAACUCUCACAGAUCAGACAAAUCUACCACACGGAGCUGGAGAAGUAUGAGCAGGCGUGCAACGAGUUCACCACCCACGUGAUGAAUCUCCUGCGAGAGCAGAGCCGGACCAGGCCCAUCUCCCCGAAGGAGAUCGAGCGGAUGGUCAGUAUCAUCCACCGCAAGUUCAGCUCCAUCCAGAUGCAGCUCAAGCAGAGCACGUGUGAGGCGGUCAUGAUCCUGCGUUCCCGGUUCCUGGAUGCGCGGCGGAAGAGACGGAAUUUCAACAAGCAAGCUACGGAAAUCCUGAAUGAAUAUUUCUAUUCCCAUCUCAGCAACCCUUACCCCAGUGAGGAAGCCAAAGAGGAGUUAGCCAAGAAGUGUGGCAUCACAGUCUCCCAGGUAUCAAACUGGUUUGGAAAUAAGCGAAUCCGGUACAAGAAGAACAUAGGUAAAUUCCAAGAGGAAGCCAAUAUUUAUGCUGCCAAAACGGCUGUCACUGCUACCAAUGUGUCAGCCCAUGGAAGCCAAGCUAACUCACCCUCAACUCCCAACUCAGCUGGUUCUUCCAGUUCUUUUAACAUGUCAAACUCUGGAGAUUUGUUCAUGAGCGUGCAGUCACUCAAUGGGGAUUCUUACCAAGGGGCCCAGGUUGGAGCCAACGUGCAAUCACAGGUGGAUACCCUUCGCCAUGUUAUCAGCCAGACAGGAGGAUACAGUGACGGACUCGCAGCCAGUCAGAUGUACAGUCCGCAGGGCAUCAGUGCUAAUGGAGGUUGGCAGGAUGCUACUACCCCUUCAUCAGUGACCUCCCCUACAGAAGGCCCUGGCAGUGUUCACUCUGAUACCUCCAACUGAUCUCCCCGCAGUCGCAUCCCGGCUGACCCUGUGCCCCAGUCGGGGCAGGGGCAGGAGGGAGGGUUGCUCUCCCAACGCUGAAGCGGUCAGACUGGAGGUCGAAGCAAUCAGCAAACACAAUAAGAGUCUCCUCCUCUUCUCUUCUUUGGGAUGCUAUUUCAGCCAAUCUGGACACUUCUUUAUACUCUCUCGCCCCACCUCCUCCCCCUCCCCCAUUUUUUUCUGGGUAGAAGCCACCCCUCCCCUGUCUCCAGCUCUGAGCCUGGUUUCGACAUCUUCCCCACCCCUUUCCCUUGGCCCUAGACUUCCUGGGUCCCUGCCCUCUCUUACAUAACGGAAGGAUAUUUUCAACAGUUAGAGGAAUUUAAAAAGGAAAAACCAUGACAACGGAAAUAAUAAACGUGUUUGUAUGUUUUCCUACUGGUGGUUUGAGGAGCCCAAUUUACCUCACUCGGAUCCCUCACACCCAGUUCUCGCAGACAGUCCCUCUGUUUCUCUUGUGACUCUCACUACCUCUUAGCAGCCACAUGCCACUCUGCCCUCCUGGCUCCUGGCCUCCCUUCCCAUCCUGCUCUUCCUCUGAUCAGAACACUUCCCUCUGCUUCCACCCUAAGCCCCAUUCCUCUUUUGGGACUGCCCCAGCUGGGCUUGUAAAGCUGCCUCCCCCAUUUCCAGCCAUCCCUCGGCUCAGUGCAUCCUCAGGCAAGCAGGCAGCUGGGGAGGGCACAUGGACAGACAGGGCCCAAUCCCCACUGGCUCUCUCGUCCUGCCACAGCUCUUGGUGGCAGAAGCAGUCAUUGGAAACCACUCAGCUCUUAGAAAGCAACACUCAGGCCCUCCUGCAGAACCACGGCAGACUCAGGCAUGGCAGUAAACGUAUCCCUGUGGAGUAGGAAGUUCUUAGCCUGAAGCGUGUCAACGCUCCCUUUGCACACGCCCGUGUGCAUGCCGACACACGCAUACCCUCAUAAACAGGUAGGCACAUGACUAAUCGUAUACCCUUCACUUUACCAAGAUCAUCCACAGACCAUAGGUGGCACGGACUGGCAGCAGCCAGACCGCCCAGUGUGGUGGGCUCCGUAGAGGGAAUGAGGAGCUGUGAGAAGGCCACUGGCAAUAAGCAAUGUGUGUCUGGGACUCCCAGGACCGAAAGGCUUGCCGCAUGUUUCUGCCCAGAGCAACAUCUCCAGGACUUGAUUGUGCUGAGGGUUGGGUCUCGAGUGUACGCUCUUCCUGCUGCCACCAUCUCUGUAACUCCCCGGGAGCCACACACGGCACUUAAGAUAUUUGGACUAGAGUGGGUUCUGCUCUGGGUGUGUUUUCAUCUGAGAGGGACUGUGCCUUCCUGAUCCACAGUGUUGUGGGGCACUGUGUUCUUGACACCUGACCUCUUGUUUGGGCAGAGAGAGUUAUAUCAGCGUGGCUCAGGCUUUCCUAGGUAAACUGGGAGAUCCGGGGGCCUUGGGGAAGGAGGAGGAGGAGGAGAUGUUUACACUGAACCCUUCCCAGUGAUAUUGUUUCCCAGCCUCCAAAGACCCGCGUGCUAGAAAACUGAGCCCCACUGUCGUCUCAGCUUGCACCCUCCACAGCGGACUGCGCCAGUGAUAACGUUGGCUGCGUGGCCCCUUGAUUAAGCGGAAGGUGCUUGCUCUCCUGGCUCCUCGGCUUCUUUAACUGUAAGAUGGGGAGGUUUAUGCUCGGGGUAUCAACAGCUUUGUGCGAGACUGAGGAAACGUUCAUUUGGCCCUGGUCUGUAAACGUGAACAGAAGGGAAGGCGCGUCGUGGGGAUAACCGGAUGGCCCAAGCAGCACGUGGGGACAAGGAGUGGUUUUCCUUCUGGCACCUUGAUGGCAUCAGGUGACAGAGGGUGAGUGUCGGUUUUCUGGGUCUGAUUCGUUUGGUUUUUUAGAACAGAGAAAGUUUUCCUCUUCUGCCCGCUCCCCCAAAGGACCUGGUUCUCUUAGUUUGCACUUGAAUCCGAAAUGUGGCCUUCUAAGUACUUCAUUCUGCCGGAGAGGCCUCCAGGUCAGGGACUGGGUUCUAAGGGGUGAGGCGGGUCUGCUUACCUGGUCAUGGCAGGCCCCCAGGGCACUGCGGCCAUCUGUAGAAAGUGCUCCUGGGUUGUGUGGGAGGGGGAGAGGGGAAAGGGCAGCGCUGUGGAGACGUUCCAGGCGUUUGAAGGAAAUACAAGAAGGAAGAAGUUGGUGAGAUGGGAUCAUGCCUGGAUGGCUGAGAGUACUGGGAGGGCGGCAGGUGUCUACUAGCCAGUGCCAGGACCAGAAGAGGGUUAGGGAGAGAGGCCUCCCCAAAGGAGUACCCCCACCCCACCCCCCACUUGUGACCACUCUGUUGUGAUUGUACCCGGUGGAGAGCUAUGUCUGGGUGGCAGAAAUAUGAGGGGGCUUCAAACCGUUGGUGGAAACUUGGAAUUGAAAGGCAAUAGAAUGCUUCCACGAACUUUUCUUAGCCCCCUCAUAUAUUGAAAGUACCUCGUGCUCUUGGCCAACAUUCAAAGACAAGACACUAAGAAGGCUCUCUUGGAAACAGGGAGGGCGGUUCCCGAUUUGGAUGGAAGGAGGCAUUUUAAGUGAAAGGGUGAAACAGGAUCAGAGACCUCCUGGCACCUGCACGAGCAGUGUCUCCUCCCCCAGCUCUCUGUACUGACCCUUUACUGUCAGCGUCUGCGGGCACCCCCCACCCCACACACACACCACGCCCCCAGCCCCAACCUCCCAUCCAAGUCCACUAUCACUUCCAACAUGGCAGCCAUGCGCCCAGGGCGGCCAGCCAAGCAUGCACACACUGGCAGCAGAAAGAAGGGACACAGCGGUGCCUCUGGAAACCCAGCUCCCUGGGAAGCCACGCCCAGUCCACCCUGCGUGUGCUCCAGGGUCUAUUCCGUGAUGGUCUAAGGGAAGCAGGAACACUCCCUUUUCCCGGACAGCACAUGUCCUCCCAGGAAAUGGUACUAGACCUGAGGUGAGCCCACCUUUCACCUACCCCAGCCCAUGGCCCACUCCUCCCCCGGCCUGGAGGUGACCCUGGCAUCCUUCUGGCCAAGUGGCCCUUCCUCUCCACUGAGCUUGGGCGUUGCUGUGGCGAUGGUUCCUUUGUUUGCCAGUUGCCUUUUCUCACACAGAUCUUCUCUCCUCUCUUUCCUUCACCUUUGUUUAUUUUUCUGCCCAGAAAAACCUGACUUCGAUACCAAAAAAAGAUGAAACUACAGAAACUCAAAUUUAAAGAAAAAAAAAAAAAACCUUAAAAAAAACAAAAAAAUACUCAACAAUUCUUUCAGCUUUAUUAACAUUUUCCAUUGUUUCUUGCGACUUGUGUCUUGUUCUUUGUAGUAUUGAUGAUGAACAUUUGAUAAUGAAUGUUCUUGUAUAUUCAGAUAAAGGGAAAAAAAAAACCAAAAAAGCGGUCUGAAUUUAAUAGUGUUUAUAAUAAAAAUUUUAAAAAUGACCCUCAUAGCACGCAAACCAGGACAGGGGGCGGGGACUCCCCCACCCCGCUUCCUUCUGUGACAACGCGCAUCACCCCCACAUUAGUUUCCAACACCCACCGAACUACCUACGUUCGUCAUUUCCCUCCUUUUUCUUUUUUUCUUGCAUUUGUGAAUUAGUUCAAGAAUGCUAGAAAAGUGUCGAGUUGUGCACAUCCAUUUCCUGUUUCACAAUGUUUAAAAGUGACGGUAAUUCAUUUUGUAAAUUAAAAAAAAAGGUUGGAAUAGUGAGCAUAAUAGGUACAGCCUAACACGUUCUUAUGUUUAUUAACCUCGAGACCCAGAAAGAUAUUCUUUUCUUUAUUCCUACUCUUAAAAGUACAAAAAAAAUAAUCAUCAUGUUUUUGUUUUGUGUUAUCUUGGUUUGUUUUUUGGGGGGGCUAAUUGUUUUUAAUGGUCCGGAUUAUGAUCUUGCUGAUUUUCCUUACACAUGUAUACAAGGUGAUGUGAAGAGACGACACUGGUAGACUAAGUGGUUUUCCUUGUUGGCCUUUGCUUCAAAAUUCAGUUGACUUUGAAAUCGCAGGAACGCCCGUGUCUGGGGUUGCGUUCACAGCUUCAUUUCCCCCAAGUGGGACACACUUGAUAAAAUUAGUCAGGGGCGUGGGGUCGCCUUUGGAUCAUUUAAAAAAUUCCCUGUGUCCAUACAAGGGAUUUUCCCAUAUUGUGGGGAAGGGGUCUGCCUUUGUGGAUUUUGAUGACCUCCACAGAGGUUUUCUAUCGCUCUGAUUAAGAACAGCAGGCCGUAAGGCCUCUUCCAACCAGAGAGCAUUUUUCUGCCAGAUAAUAGACAGUGCGCGGGUCCCCACUGGCUAAGGCAAGAUCCCAGAAGCAGCCCCUGGUAUCUUCGGAGUCCAGAUUUGGAUGGAACCAGUUUCUGUGUCCUUCCUGAGCUGUAGUUUUAAUGCUGGGAGUCCUCUGCCUACGCCUCUCACCGACCUCUGCUUCAGGGAGCUGCUCGACAACGGAGCUGGCUUGAUUGCCAAUGUUUCCAUUAGUUAUGGGGCAGCAGGGAGUGGAGAGACAAAGGAAUAUUAUUUGGGAGAAACAUUUUUCCCCUUCACAUCUUUAACUCAGUCGAGUCUGAUGUGUUCAGACUUGAGGCAGAACCUACGCCGGACAAAAAGCGAAGAACGAUCACAGAAUUUUGGAGCAAAACCAGGAAGGGGCUCCCCCCAACGUGAGUGGUCUUGGGGGAUCAGGCAUCACAAAAUAACGAUGACCUUUUCACAUCACCUUUGGGUUUCAAUCCCUAGCUCAAAGCUGUCUGGAACCUUUUAUUUUGUGUAAACUUUUUUUUUCCCCUUUUGUUAAAACAUUCGAUGUGUUGACCCCUUUCUCUCCGUGACUUCCUUCCCUUUCCUUUGGCUUUGAAACGUUUUUUCAUUAUUUUGAAAUGCUUUCCUUCAGUGGUUGGUUGUUUGCCCCCUCCUCUCCCCGCCUCCCCUCGCACCCACCUCCUUAUUAUUCAGAGUAUAAACCCGCGCGCGCGAAGCUCUGCUCUGUUUGGGUUUGGGAAGUGUAAGCUGUUCUGCUUCUGUGAGACACAGGCUCCUGUCCCUUUGAUUCCACGGAACGUCGUGUUCUCUAAAUGAUACUAACACGGUGUAGGUUUUACAGUCUCCUAAUUUGUACUGGUAAUGCAUAUUCCAAAUAAAUAGUUUCUUUUGUUGCAAAAUGUA